AUGACUGACCAAGGGCCGCCACGCAGAAGCGCCCGCAACAAGCCAAGCCACCAGACGUUCCAGUUGUACCGCGGCAAGGGAAAGACGGUGCUGAACGUGUAUGACUUGCUCCCGGGGCUCAACGACAUCACCGACGCCUUCGAGGCGUUGCCGAUGGAUAUCAUCAAAUACUUCACCCUUUUGAAGGAGAUCGACGCCAAGUGCAUCAAUACCACCCCGCAGAUUAACACGUUGAUCGAGCGGUACAUUGACGAUCUCCAUCGGGAAGAUGAUAGUGAAAAGAAUGGUAAAGUGUUAGCGAAUGGUGAUAGCCAGGAGAAUAAAGACAAUACUGCGGCCACCGGUGAUGCCAAUGGACUGGCGGUGACACCCAAGACUGAGUCAAAUUCGGCUAACGGCACUGUGACCACCAAACCUACUCCCCUCGCUGCAAAACAGGAAAAGCGGCUUAAAGCGAUCAAAAGCCGGAUCCACGAGAUCAUCCCCUGUCUCGAAGAGAAAAUGCACGUUACCAGUGUGGCUAAGGACCUAAUGACGAAACACAUGACGCGGAUAAACGCCGACUACAAGGUGAUUGUCACUAAUAACGAGAUCCCCGAGCUGAUACGGAUCGGGCCCUUGAACCACCCAGCGAUGACUAACGAUACUACUUCUCAACCGAUUACCACCACUGGCGGGCGCAGUGAGCUGCGACGGGAGGCGUUGGCGGCGCGUAAAGCCGCCAAGGAGGAUGAACGCGGCGGUGCUGCUGGUGGUCGUCGUCAACGAGAAACUCCACCUUAUGAUAGUGGUAAAGGGUCACUGCUGAAUCUGUUUACCACUGGUAACGCUAAGAAGGCCCGUGAUAUCACUAGACCCGGUACUCCUACCAAUGGCGCUAAAAAGAAGCGGCGGCGCGACGAAGAUACCGACGACGACGGCGGCCAGGCCGCGGCGAGACCUGCCACUGGCAACGAGCCUACCUACUGCUACUGUAACCAGGUAUCGUUCGGUAAAAUGGUGGGGUGUGAUGGUGACGACUGCAAGCGCGAGUGGUUCCACUUGCUGUGUAUUGGCUUCACCAACCCGCCCAAGGGGAAGUGGUACUGCGACGACUGCUUAGCUAAGCGCCAGAAAGCGAGACGAGUGAAUUGA